AUGCUCGAACAGCAGGAUAAGAAACACCCAUUCAUCUUUCAACCCGGACAAUGGCUAGAUGUCCAUAUUCCAUCUAUUGCUACUGCUGGUGGAUUCACAAUCACUUCCACGCCGGCAGACGCCCAAUUACUGCCCUCCCUAGAAUCUCCUGAUCCACUCUUUGGCGCUGAGGCUACUGCACCAUUAUCCCAGGCACACCCACCUUAUGUGGAGCUUGCCGUCCAGAAAUCACCCGGUAACCCGCCCGCGGCAUGGCUCUGGAAGCCACAGGAAGAAAUCCUCGGUCAGGAACUCAAUAUCCGCGUCGGCGGUAGCUUUGUGUGGCCUCCUUCCGGCGUAGAUAUACAACAAGUCCACAACGUGGUUUUCAUCGCUGGUGGCGUUGGCAUCAAGUAA